CUGAUUGGCUGCGCUCGCGGACUUCCGGGAGCGGCCGCGGCGGCGGCGGCGCCGUGCCCGGUGCCACCAUGAGCUCCGAGACCCUUGUCAAGGACGUCAAGCCCGGCCUCAAGAACCUCAACCUCAUCUUCAUCGUGCUGGAGACGGGCCGGGUGACCAAGACCAAGGACGGCCACGAGGUCAGGACGUGCAAGGUGGCCGACAAGACCGGCAGCAUCAACAUCUCCGUGUGGGACGACGUGGGCAACCUCAUCCAGCCCGGGGACAUCAUCCGCCUCACCAAGGGCUACGCCUCCGUCUUCAAGGGCUGCCUGACGCUCUACACCGGCCGAGGGGGGGACCUGCAGAAGAUUGGAGAGUUCUGCAUGGUUUACUCCGAGGUGCCCAACUUCAGCGAGCCCAACCCCGAGUACGCGGCGCAGCAGGGCCAGGGCAAGGGGGUGA